AAGAAAAUUGAUAUGCAGAAAUGUUACGUAAUGCAACCUGUCAUAAGUGUCUGGUUGCCUGCCUAUCUAUAUUUAAGUAGCUUCAAUACUUAUUCAAACCUGUUUUGAAAGGGGAAUCAUCAGAAAUUAUAACAAUCUUAAUUUAUAUUGUAUGGGAAACCAAACAAUUUUAAAAAUAGUUAUGACAAACAUUCAUACCAAUGAUAUGUAUUGUAUUUCAUAUUAAGAUUUUUUGAUAACCACAGUGAACUAAUCAUAUUACGUUUUUAGCGAUUAUGUCAUUCUCAAUAAUUACAGUCAAAUUUCCUUUUUAUAUAAAUAGAUAGCUUUAAGUUAGCUUUAAAAAGAAAAUUACACUAGGAAAAAAAUUAAAGAUCAUAAGGUAGCCAAUCAGUUUAUCAAUUUAAAAGCUGAAUAUAUACAUACGAUUACCAAAACUUUGUUUAAAAAGUUCAUGUAAUGGUGUUAUGUAACAAGUAUGACAGAACACUUAAUUUCUUAUCCCUAUUCGUAUUAUUUCUUGCACUUAUUUGUCUCACUGGAGUAAUUAUCCUUAUCUGUAAAGUGCCAGGUUUUCAAACAAUGACAGGAACUAAAAAUACGUGUCUUCGCAAUGCAAAUAGACUAAAAUGUAAAACAUCCAGUGAUUUAAUAACCGAACAUUUAGAAAAGAGCAUUUCCAAAGCAUAUGUUGAGGUGAAAAGGAAAGAUACAGAGCUACAACAGAAAUAUUUAGAAGACAAUAGAUUACGUUUGAUGGGAAUAUCGGACCAAACGUUCUGGGAGGCAAAGCCUGCUGCAAGAAUAACAGGAAAAGAACAAAGCCAUAUACACAAAGAUGACAAGAGUCUUGGCAUGGUACCAAUUAGAGAAUGGAGGCAUGGUAAAAAACUUCAUGACUCAAAUGGAUAUUUACGAUAUGGGGUACGAUACAGACACGGUCGUCUUGUUGUACCAGUAGAUGGAACCUACUUUUUGUAUUCAUUUCUUGAUUUCUUCGAGUCAUGUGAUUCGUCAACUGGCACACCAAAAGUUGUGAACAUCAAUAUUGCGAUCAAACAUGCAAUUUAUAAAGUCAAUAUAUAUGAUAAAGCCGAAACAGAAAUUAUUUCAAACGUUCAACCUCACCAUAUCUCAAAGAACAAGUAUUAUAAUUCAUAUAGUAGCUAUGUGUCUACUAUUGCUAUUCUAAAAGCAGGUGACGAGGUUUCAGUUAAGGUCAGUAAUAUAACGUACUUGCGAUACACAAAAGAUAAUUCUUUUGGACUUUACCUUAUAUGAAUCCGCGGUCCUCUGCCGCAAGUGAUAUCUUUAAUUGUACAUUUAUUAAACAAAUGUUUUGAAAAAAAUGCUGACCUUUAUGAUAUGUAAUCAAGCAAGCUCAUAUAUUCUACCUUUUCAAGUCAGUAUAUCAUUUGGUUUAAACAAUAUUUAUUUUCAAUAAAUUGAUUACAUAAUAUAUCAUACAAAGUACACAAGAAUAAUUACAGAGCGAUUUUACAUUAAAACUAAACUAAAAUGUAUACAGAAAUUAUUAGGUGUGCUAAACAUGUAAACUAUCAGAAUAGAGGAGAAAGCUAAAAGCUUGUGCUAUCAUUUACUGACCGUUAUUAUUUUUUUUGCAAAAUUACUUUGCAUAAGUAGAUGCGAAAUCAAAAUAUAUUGAACUCAUUGGAGACUAACAUCUUUAGGAAUUAUUUGAUGGUUCUGAAAAACAUGCAAAAAACCUUAUUCAGCGAACUAUUCAGUG